UUGAAAAUAUUACAGCCGUGAUUUAAAAUUCCUAGAUGAAGAGGUUCGUACUACAACUGGUAACGUUAAUCUGCGCAGUUGGCUCCACCUUUGGUUCAAGUUUUCCACGCCGGAACAAGAAUGAUUCAUUAACACUGGAAGGUUGCGGUUACGGUGUCCAUCCUGCUGCUGGAGGUGACAGAAUAGUUGGAGGAGAAGCUGUUCGCCAUGGUCAAUAUCCUUGGAUGGUCUCUAUGUACAGACAAUCCUAUGAUUUUCGACACUGGUGUGGUGGAAGCAUUUUGAAUGAGCAGUGGGUGGUUACUGCCGCACAUUGCAUAAGUUUCCCUGAUGAACCAUGGAGAUAUGAAAUAUUUGCUGGAAUGCAUAAAUUAUCUCAAGAAGAUGCUCCUACAGUCCAACAUUAUAAAGUUUCUGAGGUCCAUGUUCAUGAGCACUUCAAUGAGAAUUCCUUUGAAAACGAUAUAGCUUUGUUGAAGCUACAAGAGCCGCUUAAUAUAAAGGACGCUGGUGGCUACGUUAAUGGUAUUUGCUUGCCAAAGAAUAGAGACGACCCAAUGGGAUUUGCCAGAGCAACAGGCUGGGGUCACGAAUAUCGUGGUGGUGUUACAUCCGACAUCUUGAAGCAAGUCGUCCUUCCUAUUGUCGAUCGAGACACAUGUAACCAGAAGUACGACGCAUCUUCCACAUAUAAACCAAUAUUUUCACAAAUGAUCUGCGCAGGACAGAAAGGACGGGACACCUGCCAGGCGGAUUCGGGAGGACCCCUCUUCCAGACAGAUGACCAUGGUGUGUCGACAUUGGUCGGAGUCACUUCUUUUGGAAUAGGGUGUGCGGAUGACCAUCCUGGAGUAUACACCAAAAUUGCUGACUUCCGUGACUGGAUGGCAAAAAUCAUCCUCGGCUAUGACGAUGGACAAGGAUUCUGCCAGAUAACAUUAUUGCCAGACAUUAAUCUAAGAGGCACAAGAGAACUGAGGAAAAUAUCCGUACUACAACUGGUAACAUUAAUCUGCGCAGUCGGCUCAAUCUUUGGUUCAAGUAUUCCACGCCGGAACAAAAAUGAUCCAUUAACACUGGAAGGUUGCGGUUACGGUCUCUAUCCCGCUUCUGGAGGUGACAGAAUAGUUGGAGGAGAAGCGGCUCGCCAUGGGCAAUAUCCUUGGACGGUCUCUAUGCACAGACAAGACAAUGAUUUUCGACACUGGUGUGGCGGAAGCAUUUUGAAUGAGAUGUGGGUGGUUACUGCAGCACAUUGCAUAAAAUUCCGAAAUGAGCCAUGGAGGUAUGAAAUAUUUGCUGGAAUGCAAAAAUUAUCUGACAAAUAUGGUCGUACAGUUAGACGUCAUAAAGUUUCUAAGGUCUAUGUUCAUGAGAACUUCAAUGGGCGUUCUUUUGAAAAUGAUAUUGCUUUGCUGAAGUUGAAAGAGCCCCUUAAUAUAAAACACUCUGGUGGGUACAUCAAUGGCAUUUGCUUACCAGAGAAUAGAGACGACCCAACGGGAUUCGUCAGAGCAACAGGCUGGGGUCACACGCGUCGUGGUGGUUACGUAUCCGACAUCUUAAAACAAGUUGUCCUUCCUCUUGUCGAUCGAGAUACGUGUAACCAGAAGUACCGAAAAUAUUCCUCAGAUAAACCAAUAUUUACACAUAUGAUGUGCGCAGGACAGAGAGGACGGGACACUUGCCAGGCGGAUUCGGGAGGACCCCUCUUCCAGACAGAUGAUCACGGUGUGUCAACAUUGGUCGGAAUCACUUCUUUUGGAAGAGGGUGUGCCGAGGACCAUCCCGGAGUAUACACCAAAAUUGCUGACUUCCGUGACUGGAUGACAAAAAUCAUCGUCGGAUAGGUAAUGCGGGAUAAAGUAAAGAAAGAAAAGAAAUCCAGUUCAUUCCUUGCAUGUAUUACCACA